AAUUUGACAUUUGUUUUUUAGGUUAUGUUUUUUAUAUUAUUUUGCUUCUGAAAUCCACAAACACUGAUAAAAAAAAACAUAAAUUUCUCCUCAUAUGUGAUAAUUAGAGUUUACAAAACAGACAUUGAUUGAAAUAUAUUCCAUAAAGCUUAAUUUUUUUAUGACAACAUGACACAUUUGGAACAGUUAGAAGAACUUGUAAAGGACGAGGAUAAAAUCGUCACAGUUCCAGAUUUUGCACUUCUAAAGAAAAUAUCUGUGGAAGAAUCCCAAAAAGCAGUAAACCAACUACUUGAAGCCAACCAAGAAUUACAUAAAACAUACAUUCUAUCUGGCAUAAGAAAAUCUACUGGUGUCCAUUCAGUAGUCAUUGUAAAUGAGAAAACUUUAUCUGCUGAGAAAAAGCAAUUUGAAAAUCCACAACAAUUAGUAUUUAGUGUGCAAAAGGGGAAAAAUAUAGAUUAUAAUAUAGUUUUUCAAGCAAGUCUAGAUAACUGUUCACUAAAAGAUGCAAUACCUGGCUCAAUUGUAGGAAAGAACUGCAUAAAAAGAAAACUUAUCAAAAAUAUUAUACCUGCUUCAUCAGAUAAUGCAACUAAAGCUACAAAACCUUCUGCAUCUUCUAAAGAUUCAUCAGUCACUAAAACAAUACCUUUAUCAGAAGAGAGAAAAGACGGAUCUGAAAAGCCUAUUAACAAUGAAUCAAAAAAGUCUAAUAAUAUUGUUAACAUGUUUAACAAAGCAGCUCAAAAUAAAAAGGCAGAACCAAAAAGUUUAUCUACCAAUCAGAAACCCAAGCAACAAGGUGGUUUGCAGAACUUUUUCACAAAGCAACCUAGUAAGGUUAGUCAACCAGUAAAAAAAGAAACUAUUGAAACACCUAAUGAAUCUGUAAUUAUUGGUUCUGAUAGUGAAGAGCAAGUUAUGGAUGAUUUAAGAAUGCAGGUGGAUGUUCAAGUAAAAGCUGAGAAAGAAAUUUCCAAGGUUAAAAAAGAGAGUCCUAUAUCACCCCCUAAGAAAAAACAGAAAACUAGCCAAAUCAAUUUAAACAAAAAAUCAGAUCUUUUUGAUUCUGACACUGAUGAGGAAAUAAUGAAAGAUUUGAAAAUGCAACAAGCUGAAACAAAGAAAACUUCUAACUCUACAGGAAAAAAAUCAAAAAGAAAGCCACCUCAAAAGAAGAAUCAAACACCAUCCGAUAAAAAAAGAAAAAGAAUAGUGGUUGCUGAAGAUUCUGACAGUGAUAUUUUUAAAUCAGAUGAAGAUAAUGAUAUUUUAGAAGAUCUUAAGCAUCCUGAAGAAGAACCUGCUGAAGAAGCCAAACCACCCCCGGCACCACCGGGCAAAGCUAAAAGAAGAAAGGCUGUAAAGCGAACUUAUGAAGAUGAUGAAGGCUUUAUUGUCACUCAAACUGAAUAUGUGUAUGAGACAGCUUCUGAAGAUGAAAAUAUACCUAAUAGCAAAAUUUCUAAAAAAGAGACUCCUAAGCCCAAGUUGGAGAAAAACAAUAGUUCAGAAACAGAUGCAAGCCCCAAAGGUGGUACAAACAAGAAAACUCCCAAGAAACCUGCUGCAAAUCAACCAACUUUAAUGAGUUUUUUUAAAAAGAAGUAGAUAAUUGCUAUGCUAGUACUUAUCGUGUGCUGAUUUUGAGGGCAUUGGUUUUAACAAUGUUUUUAUGUAUUUAUGUGGUUAUUAAAUUAUCUAAUUU